CAUAUGGAGUAGGGAUUAACUUCUCGGUAAAUCAAGUUCGUGGAUGUUGAGAGCGCGAAUUCAUUGGUUUCUUCAGUCUUUCAUAAACUAUUCAUCAAUAUUGACUUUGAAAAAUCUAUACAUUCAAUUAUAAAUUUUUCCCCUCUCCCCCCAAAAAUAAAAUCCCAUUCAAAACCAAAAAAACAAAAAAAUCCCCCAAAAAAAUAUUUUCUUUGUAACAUGAUAUUUUAUUGUAUUUAAACGAUUUGACACAACCUGUUCUGUUUCAUUUCUCGCGCGAUCUCCGUACCGUCAUAAACUUUUACACGCGGGAGAGAGAAAGAGUUCAGGUGGGACGUAAACUUUACCAAGUUGAGUGUGUGUGCAAUAUAUAUUUUUUUUAAUUAUUAAAUAAUAAAAAAAAACUUAAGCGGGUUUUUUUUUAUCAGAACUAGUGAUUAUUUAUAUUUUUUAUCUCUAAUAUAACUGAUAAAUUUUUAAGAAUUUAUUCUACAAAGUAAUUUUUUUGUUUGAAAAUUUUUUGUUUUCAUUUUGUUUUCAAUUAAUCGCGGUGAAAGGAGAAAAUAUGGAAGUGUUUAGCAACAACAACAAGUGCCAAUCGUUAAUGAACGAUUAUCCUUGCGAUAAAGACAUGAAUGAAACGCCAAUUACUAAAGGAUUAAAUUUACAGGAACUUAUUCAUCAUUUAUACGAUGCUUUUGAAACUGAUAAUGUUAAUAUUGAUAGGGUUCAGGAUAUUAUGUUGGCGUACAGAAGCAAUCCUCAAGAUUGGAAGAAAUACGCCAAAUUUGACAGAUACAGAUAUACGAGAAAUUUAGUUGACGAGGGAAAUGGCAGGUUUAAUCUCAUGGUUAUUUGUUGGGGAGAAGGACAUGGAUCAGCAAUUCAUGAUCAUGCCAACGCUCAUUGUGUUAUGAAAAUUCUACAAGGACAAUUAUGUGAAACAACGUACGCAAUGCCUUCUGAUAAUGAAGAUGAAACCAGUUCUGAAACACAGAAACUUCGUGAAACUGGAAUAUCUACACUUGAUCUUAAUGAGAUUACAUAUAUUAACGAUUCCAUUGGACUUCAUCGUGUGGAAAAUCCAAGUACUGUCGACACUGCAAUUUCUUUACAUCUUUAUUCACCACCGUAUUCCAAAUGUAAUAUUUUUAAUAAAGAAACUGGUCAGAGGUCUCCUAUUAAGGUCACAUUUUGGUCCAAGUACGGAGAGCACCGUAAUCGGGAAAUUCAAGAAACAAGAACACCCGAAGAUAAUUAAUUGCAAAAAAAAGAAGAAAAUUUCCCAUUUCUGUAUUUUGCAAACAAUUAUUAAUUAUCUAUACUUUUAUACUCAUUCGUUAAAAAAUCGAUCGAUUAAUCAAAAAGCAUAUAUAUUUUAAAUCCAAAAAGUACAUUUAAUUCAAAAAGACAAUAAAAUGUGUGAUAAAUGUUUUAGCAAAACGUUCUUUUUGUCAAUUUUGUGUACGGAUUUCUUUUUUAACGAAUAUUGUCAAGAAUUAAUGUGAAAAUUAUUUCGUAUAA